AUGGCUGAGCGCCUAAAGGGCAAGACGAUUGUCAUCACCGGCGCGUCUUCUGGUAUCGGUAGAUCCACAGCCGUCGAGUUUGCGCGCACACAACCCGAUGACCUAAAGCUCAUCCUGACUGCGCGGCGAGAGGACGCAUUGAAAGAGGUAGCAAAGGAGAUUUGGAGUUUCGCAAGCGGCGUCAAGGUAUUGCCCGUAAAGCUAGACGUCAGCAAACCAGAUGAAAUAAACAACUUUGUGGGAAACCUACCACAAGAGUUCAAAGAUAUUGAUAUUCUGGUCAACAACGCUGGCCUCGUAAAAGGCGUUGCCCAAGCCCCCAACAUUUCCCCCACUGAUAUUUCCAAAAUGUUCGACACAAACGUCACCGGCUUGAUCAACAUGACCCAAGCCAUCCUCCCCAUCUUCAAGGCCCGCCCCACGCCCUCUGGCGAUAUAAUAAACAUCGGCUCCAUCGCAGGCCGCGAGCCCUAUCAAGGCGGCUCCAUCUACUGCGCCAGCAAAGCCGCCGUCCGCUCCUUCACCGACGCCCUGCGCAAGGAGCUCAUUGCCACGCGCAUCCGCGUCAUGGAAGUUGACCCAGGGCAGGUAGAAACGGAAUUCAGCGUUGUAAGGUUUGACGGGGAUGUGGAGAAGGCGAAGAAGGUCUACGAGGGCGUAGAACCGUUGACGCCGGAGGAUGUGGCGGAGAUUGUGGUUUUUGCGGCAGGAAGGAGGGAGAAUGUUGUUCUGGCUGAUAGUCUGGUAUUUCCGAAUCAUCAGGCGGCUGCGACGGUCAUGCAUCGGAAAUCGUAG